AUGACACGUCCUACGGGCAUCACCCACCGCGGCAAAAAGACCGCCAGCUUGCCCGCAGCUGGUGUGCCCUUCUACACGCCGGCCCAGACACCGCCGCCCGGCACCGCCACCCGGUCGACGACGUUUGACGGCAAGCCCAUUCCGACCCUCUUCACGCCGCACAAGAUCCGGGGCGUCGAGUUCAGCAACCGCUUUGUCGUCUCGCCCAUGUGCAUGUACUCGGCCGACGACGGCCACUUGACCGACUUCCAUCUGGUCCACCUCGGCCAGUUUGCGCUGAACGGCGCCGCCCUCACCAUUGUCGAGGCCACCGCGGUCCUGCCCAACGGCCGCAUCUCGCCCGAGGACUCGGGUCUGUGGCAGGACAGCCAGAUUGCGCCCCUCAAGCGCAUUGCCGACUUUGUGCACAGCCAGGGCAACAAGAUUGGCAUCCAGCUGGGCCACGCCGGCCGCAAGGCGAGCACGCUGGCGCCGUGGCACGCGGCCCAGCGCGGCGAGAAGCUGUUCGCCCUCGAGAGCGAGGGCGGCUGGCCCGACAACACGUGGGCGCCCUCGGCCAUCCCCUAUGCGCCCGACUGGCUGCAGCCGCACGAGGUGACGCUGGACGACAUCCAGGAGAUCAAGGCGAGCUUCGCGGCCGCGGCCAAGCGCGCCGUGGCGGCCGGCGUCGACGUCGUUGAGAUCCACGCCGCCCACGGCUACCUCCUCACGCAGUUUCUGUCGCCCACCACCAACAAGCGCACCGACCAGUACGGCGGCUCCUUUGAGAACCGCACCCGCCUGGUGCUGGAGAUUGUCCGGGACGUCCGGGCCGUCCUCCCCGACAGCACGCCGCUGUUCCUGCGCGUGUCGGCCACCGAGUGGCUCGAGACCGUCACCGACGCGCCCUCGUGGACCGUCGAGGACACCGUCAAGCUGGCCGACCAGCUGCCCGCCUUGGGCGUCGACCUGCUCGACGUCUCGUCCGGCGGCAACUCCCGCGACCAGUCCAUCCAGCUGCAUCCCCGCUACCAGAUCGACCUCGUGCCCGCGAUCAAGAAGGCCCUGCGCGCCCAGGGCAGCAAGGCCGCCGACACGCUCCAGUUUGGCGCCGUCGGCUUUGUUCGGGAUGCCGAGCUGGCCAAGGACGCGGUCCAAAAGGGCGGCGACGUCGAGGCCGACCUGGUCCUCGCGGCCCGCCAGUUCCUCAAGGAACCCGAGUUUGUGCGGCGCGUGGCCCACAAGCUGGGUGUGCCCAUCAGCUGGCCGACGCAGUACGGCCGUGCCCUGUGGAAGCCGGACGCAAAGAUCUAG